AGGGGGAAGAGAGAUCUUCGGGCUUAUGGGUGUCGGGGAAGAGAAGACUUCGGAUUUAAUGGUUUAUGCUAGGGGAUUGAAGCCUUAGGACCCAGGAGUGGAGCCGGGGUGCGUCACUGCAUCCUCUUUUGCUGCCCCACUUCCAGCAGCUUGAUUUGCAGCAUCACGGGAUUUCCCUACAUUGCAGCUCCUUUAACUGGUACUCAAGAUCUCAAAGCUGCAAAGAACUGGAUUGCAAUUGGCUAGUCAGUGCCUCGGGUCGGAAGUACAACUGGUUGAGGCUCUGGGCCUCGGGAAACAUCCCCUCACGCGAUUGGCCAGGGCUGCCAAAGGGCCCGCCUCCCCCACGCUAGGCCUCGGUCGGGUUGGGAAAGGGGUUCUGGGGUCCUGAGGCCGAGCGCUUUGGGGAACAUGGCGGCGGACCUCGCUCAGAUUCCUGAUGUGGACAUCGACUCGGACGGCGUCUUCAAGUACGUGCUGAUUCGAGUCCACUUAGGACCGCCCUCCGGGGAUCCGACGAAGGAGUGCAAGGAAAUCGUGCGUGGCUACAAAUGGGCAGAGUACCACGCGGAUAUCUAUGACAAAGUGUCAGGCGAGCUGCAGAAGAAUGGCUAUGACUGUGAGUGCCUAGGCGGCGGACGCAUCUCCCAUCAGAGCCAAGACAGGAAGAUACACGUGUAUGGCUACUCUAUGGGUUAUGGUCGUGCCCAGCACUCUGUUUCAACUGAGAAGAUCAAAGCCAAGUAUCCUGAUUAUGAGGUCACCUGGGCUGAUGAUGGCUACUGAGGCCCUGCCCCCAGCAACUAAGUCAGGACUCUGUUCUUCCUGUGUUGUCUCCGAGGGGCUGUCCCUGUGCUUUCCUUUCGUACCUUGGGCAACAUGCCACCUGCCAGGCCUUAGAAGCCAGACCAAUCUGUCCAUAGGAAUUAAAAGCAUUGAUAUGCCUGCUA